UUCUCUCUCUCUGUAUAUAUAUGUACAUAUGCCAGUUCAUCCCCCUCUCUAUCUGGACUCGUUGCAGCGGACUCGAUCCCGAUCUCGCCUCGGAAUUCCUCGCCCCCCAACGAAGCUUCCCUCGGAUUCAACAUGCUGGCUUUGUGAUCGAUUCGGCUCCCUUGUCGUGCCUCCGGGUUCGUUCGAGCUUGAUUCGCGAUUCGCUGGAGAGAUGGACGGCGGGGAUGGGACUGUCAGGCUCGGGGCGCUCAACUUCAGGCCCGACCGGGCCGCGGCCCUCGAUUUGGCUCCGGACGUUGGGGUGUCGUCGCCGGUGACGCGGCAGAAGGCGGCGGCCGCCAAGCAGUUAAUCGAGAACCACUACAAGAACCAUCUCCAGGGCUUGCAGGAUCGCAAGGACAGGCGGCGAGCACUCCAAAGGAGAGCACAAGAAGCUCAGGUGUCUAGCGAGGAGCAGCAGGAAAUGCUGAGGAAUCUAGAGCGCAAGGAGACGGAGUUCAUGAGGUUGCAAAGACGUAAAGUGGGAAUGGAUGAUUUUGAACAGUUAACUGUCAUUGGUAAAGGCGCAUUUGGAGAGGUGAGACUAUGUCGUGCAAAGAUUACGGGAGAGAUCUUUGCCAUGAAGAAGUUGAAAAAAUCCGAGAUGCUUAGCCGUGGACAGGUUGAGCAUGUUCGUUCUGAGAGGAACUUACUUGUGGAGGUUGAUAGUCAGUGCAUUGUUCAGCUUUACUAUUCCUUUCAAGAUUCGGAAUUCUUAUACCUCAUCAUGGAAUAUUUACCUGGUGGUGAUAUCAUGACAUUGUUGAUGAGGGAAGACAUUCUUUCUGAAGAUGUUGCACGGUUUUACAUAGCAGAGAGUAUUCUAGCGAUCCACUCUAUUCAUCAACAUAAUUAUGUGCACAGGGACAUUAAACCAGAUAAUCUGUUGCUGGACAGAAAUGGCCAUUUGAAGCUUUCUGAUUUUGGUUUGUGUAAACCCCUAGAUGACAAGUAUUCUGCAAUUUUAUUGGAAGAUGAAGGUUUAAUCUCUCAAGAAAAUCCAAGUGGAUCCAGUGGACACUCUGGUGUUGAUGGAGCACCUUGGUUCAUGCAAAAAGACCAAUUGCUACGAUGGAAACGUAAUCGGCGUGCAUUGGCAUAUUCUACUGUUGGAACUCUUGACUACAUGGCGCCUGAGGUAUUGCUGAAAAAGGGAUAUGGAAUGGAGUGCGAUUGGUGGUCGUUGGGUGCAAUCAUGUACGAGAUGCUUGUAGGCUAUCCUCCCUUCUGUUCUGAUGAUCCCAGGAUCACAUGCCGUAAGAUUAUUAAUUGGAAAGCAUGCCUGAAGUUCCCUGAGGAACCAAAGAUAUCAGAAGAGGCUAAGGAUUUAAUCUGUCACUUGCUUUGUGAUGUUGAAACAAGACUAGGGACUGGAGGAGUGGAGGAAAUAAAGGCACAUCCAUGGUUCAAAUCUGUUCAAUGGGACAUGCUUUAUGAGAUGGAAGCUGCUUAUAAGCCUACUGUUACGGGGGAAUUGGACACGCAGAAUUUUGAGAAAUUUCCAGAAGUAGAAGGCCCACCAUCUUCAACGCCAACUGUUGGACCUUGGCGGAAGAUGCUGACAUCGAAAGACACUAAUUUCAUAGGAUUUACUUAUAAGAAAUCAGAUGUUCUUAACUCACUGGAAAGUUCAGAAAACCAAACUAACUUCAAAAUUUCGAUGCGGACUGCAGGUGCGGACCUGAAACCGCAAGGAGUUUCAAGGACCCCAUCUCUAGUUUCCUUGUUAGGUCAGAUGGGACUGCUGGAAAAUGAAAUGUCCGUGGACGAUCAAAGACUGGAACAAUUGGUGAUGGGGAGAAGGGAAAAGGAGAACAAAUAUCGUGAUCCAUUCAUUUGAGACGACAAUGUAAGAAUUCGAAUAACGGGAGCUUAGGCUUUGAUGUUGUAGCAUUAUUUUGUCCUCUCUCGACUGUAUAAUGAGCGCCUUGUUGUACAAAAAAAAAAAGUUUUGAGAAUUCAUUUUCUUGAGCAUGAUCAAAUCAUAUGAUAUAGCCCACAUUUUCCGAAGAAGUUUCCCCUUUAGUAUGGAUCAGACGGUUUACGUAAUGUACUCCAGCGAGCUGUAAUUAGGAGGCUCUAUGAUUGGUUGAAAAUCCGAAUGCAGCGGAGGACUAGCAUGAACUUUUCAUGAAUGGAAAUAAUGAAGAAAUUUUUUU